CACAAGCCUUUCGCUACAUUCGCAUUAACAUCUGCUAAACAUGUGUAUGGGACAAAUAAAAUUUGAUUUGAGCAUGUCAACCUGGGAACCUUGGGGGCCUUCUAAGCCUUCAGAGAGAAUAUAUAGAUUGAUUUUUAUGUUUUUGUGAAAGGAUGCUUAUUCUUUAACACUAUUUGAUGCUGUAUCUGCCAUAUCUAUGUGUUUGACCAAAAUGGCGCUCUGUUUUAGCCAUGAGUGUGCAUGUAUUAUGGUCGCUGUCCUUUCAGCACCACGAGCCUGUCACCUUUGAUGUGUCACUAUUGUUGUCGCUGUUGGUGGUGGUGUGAUAGUGGUGUUGGGCUACCGUAGGUUGUAUAAACAGUGGUUUUUGUUUUGCUGGUCGCAUUAUUUUCUGCUGUGUGUUACAUUUCUGUCUGCUGGUUCUGUCUCUGUGUAAGCGCAGCCCGAAGCUUGGCCAGGGCUGUCUGAUUCAUUCAUAAUGUCACCAAAAUGCAUUGCUCUUCCUUCGCUAUAACUUGAAUGGUCCGACUACAGGAGAUACAAUGUAUGCUAUUGGAAGAUUUUUGGUCCCUCUGAAGGCUUAGGUCCUACAGUAACAGUUUGCUAGAAAUAGACCCUCCUGUUCCUAUGAUACGAAAAAACAAUCACCACAGUAUCCAUGAUGAACAGAGCAGGUCACCCUGGGCUUCACACAGAGUGGUGGGAGACCCCCCUGGUGGGAGUCUUUCAGCAAGUCUAUCUUCUACUUCAGGGUCUCGUCUAAUGCCUGGUGACUGGGUUCAUAAAAAGCCUGGGCCUGGAUCUAGCCUUCCUCAGUUACCUCAGGGUUACCCCACCAAUACAGGUGGGUCAGGAUGGGUGUUCACCACGAGAGGUACCUAGCCUAUAACACAACACACAAUCCCAACAAUACCCAAACAAUGGCAAGAGGGAGCUAAAAGACUAACCACCUUAGUGUGGUGGCUCCUGUUUCUACCUCCUCUGGUUAGGACGGACGCAGACAAGCCAUACACCUGCCCCACGUGUGGGAAGCCCUUUUCCAAGGUGAACUGUGACAAAGCACCAGACCGUUCACAUCAAGUAGAGGCCCUUCAAGUGUAAGCUGUGUUACAAGAGCUUCUCCUUUUUGAGUUACCUUAUCAGACAUAGGAGUGUCCACAACAGGGAGAAAUUGUGACUUGAGAUCUAUGCAGGAGAAUGAUUCUUUAGCUGAUUAUUUUAUCAUCCUCUGAAGUGUGCUGGGGUAAGAGUUUUUUAAAUGUAUUACUAAGUCCCUCAGUUGAGCAUCUAGGUAUGCGGUAUUCUCACAUGACACAGACUUGUUUUUUGGUUCCUGGGUCUGGAAGACCUCUCAGCGGAGGAGUUGCAUGGAGUAUUGUCACGAGCCGUACCACCCGCUCAGGCCCCAGAGCCUAAGAAGGGAGAUUUGGAGCUUUGAAGGACAGAAUAAUUGGGAGUAUUGUAAAUUUAAUAUUUUGAGUUGUGUGGAUUAAGUUUGUCUACACCACGUAUGAAUUUACUAUUUACAUUGUUUUUUUUAAACCCCAUCCAGUUGUUGGUGUCAAUACACCUUUUUGGGAUGUAAUCCACCAUAAAAACCACAGAAGAAGUUAAGAUGGAUGACGAGGAGGAAACCUGACAACUGUGGCAAGUUUUGGGAACAUGGAGAGGCCAGAUAUAGAUUGGUCUAAGGAACAGAAGGUUGGAUUUGAACAAAGGCCAUCAGUGUGUGUGCUGCAAGCAAUUCAGCAGAUGAUGGCGCGGCAUGAGCGUGGUAAACGGACAGACGUAGUUAUGGACUGCAGGGAAUAAGUAGAAGAGGGAAGUGCAAUGGGAAGAUGUGUGUUGAAGAAGAGUAGUGCCAAGUACAAACCAUAUUCUGCUGUCUGAUGGCUCAGGAAUUUUACCUGAUGAGAGUGCGGAUGAAUUACCUGCGGUGGCAGGUGUGGUGAAGACCUCCGAGUCCAAGCCUCGCCCCGAUGGUCAUGUAAAGGAUGGUUCUGUCCCAGUGGGAGUGACAUUUUUGGAGAAAGUGGAUCCCUGCCUUUUGGCUGACCCAGGCUGGGUAAAAAUAAGUUGGGAACUGUUAAAUUGGUGAUGGUAGUCGAAAUGGACUUGUGAUGGUUUUCUGUGUUCUGUCUGUGUUUCUUUGUGUUACGUGCCUAGGGACAAGACAUGUGACUUGCCUUUGAAAGGAGUGAUUACUGGGGUGGUGCAACUAAAAUUUAAGAUUCCCUCUGGCGAGCGUUGUGAAACUGAGAAGAAAGUGUCUGUCCUUUUCGAGUUUUGAAGCAGUCUUUUCCUGAUAGUCAUGAUGGGAUAGGUCAGUUAUCCCGUGGGAGCUUUUGCGCCGAACCUACUAAGGUGUUUCAGAUGCCAAGCUUAUGGUCAUGUUGCAGCAGUUUUUAGGGGUGACAUUCCAAAAUGUGAAAAGUGUGCAGGAGGGCAAGGGACAAAGGAAUGUGUAGUGUAGGUUGAAAAGUGGGGGUGCCCAUGUUGUUGGGGAUCAGAAGUGCCCGGUGCAAGAGACAGGUUGAGGUUGCCAGGGAGAGCAGAGGAUGAUUUUUAAAAAAAAAUUAUUUCACCUUUAUUUAACCAGGUAGGCAAGUUGAGAACAAGUUCUCAUUUACAAUUGCGACCUGAUGGGUCAAGGGCCUUGGCCAAUACAGAGUGAUACGAAUUUGUGCUUCAGUAAGGUUGGCUUCCUAGCAUUCAUUGCCAUGGUUAUCAACUGUACCGCAGAAAUGGAACAUAAAUCACAGAAUAUAUAUGUUGUGGUGGCAGCUGCUAAGUACUUGGUUUUACCAGGUUUUACUGGAGAAGAGUUACAAGGUCUGUUGAACAAGAGUCCCAUUCUCCCAAACCAUUAAAGUAGUGGAAUUGUGAGGUGAUUUUUAUUUGUUUAAUGAAAUAGUGGUAUAUAGGUGUAGGGUUAGUUGGUGUUUUUUUCCGAUUUUAUUUUUGUAUCACAAAAUGUAACGUGAUCGAUCACACGGUAGGUGGCGGCAUGCAAAAACACCAUGAUACCAAAGAAGUAGAAAACGGAAGUGAACAGUAAUUUGGCAUUUUUUCCAAUUUCCACGUUUGCGUUUUUGUUGUUAUUUAGACGUUUAUUAACAUCAUGGACCUCAAAAUAUGACUAUUUUAACUGCACAGCAUCACAUAAUUAUCGCAGGUGGUCUUUAAUUCGCGCUGGAAAUAGGACUUGGUUGAUAGAGCUACGUAACGCUACCUAGCUGCUAACAAUGGCUAACUGUAUGGUUUUUCACACUCAAAUAGCCUCCAUCAUGGAGGUGCUAGCGAAUGCAGCCGUGGCAGAGAUCUGUAAACUCGUAGACGACGACUAUAAAGUGUUUCGUUUGGAAAUGUCUCAAAGCCAGAAAGAAAACAAGGGGUUGCGGAGGAAACUACAACUAAUGGACUGGAAGGUGGCACGGGAGCGCGCAGAGAGGACAAUACGAGAGCGCGUCCCCGCCAGUCGUCCCAGUAGUGUCAAGAUCCUUGACCGAUACAGAGGAAUGGCAAGAGUUGAAGAACAUCUCACUAGAGGCCACAAGAGCUUUGUGAAGCCAGCGGGACACAAUGCGUGGAGAGAUGACCAACCCAUAGCUAUAGAUGAGGGGACUGGAACCUCAACCCAACAUGUUAUUGUGAUAGAGUCUGCAGAUGCAGAGGCUGCAGGUCCUGGAGGAUCGUCUCUGGUCAAGCAGGAGAAGACUGAAAGAGAGGACCCACCACACAGCAGACACACCCAGACUAGAGCGGCCCCUGUAGUCACGGAGGACCCAGCGCUGCCCAGGAUCCGAUGCAGCAUCGGGUCAGUGGAACACCGAACACUGUCAGAGAUCAACACUGAGACUUUAACUGAAACACACAGGCUCUUACAAACAGGAUAUGACCACAGAUCAGACCCAGAGAGACUGGGCUGUCCUCCUGCUCCCGGCUCAGAGUACUUACCGGUAUUUCACCAGAGCCAGAGGACAGUUUAUUCCCAUGGAGAUGUUGGUGACGCUCUAGACACUGGCGGUGAUGAUCUGUCUUGUUCUUACACUACAGAGAUGGACGCUAGCAACAUAUCCUUGGGCUUAGAGACACAGACCGAUCUGUCUAGAGGGGACUGGAACCGGUACAGUAGUAGUGUAUACUCUGAAGGGUGCCAGGACAAGAACGUGGAGGUUAUGGUGGUAGAUGAGGUGACUGUGAAAGUGGAGGGCGACGUUCCUCCCACAUGGAAUGCAGAUGGUCACCUAGGAGACGGACAGUCCCAGGGUAGAGAUUUCUUAGAUUACAGGGAACGCUUAGAGACCAAUCCAAAUGUUGCAAUCCAAUCCCCUUUACAUUCGCUCAGGGAUCGCGACCCAGUGUCCACGUCGAUGGAGCCUUCCGAUUCACAAGGCCGCGUCCUUUUCGAUCAGGUAUUGAACUCAAACGACAGAGCUAGAGCCCAGGCUCAGGGAGGGGGAGCCACAUCAGGUAAUGGUAAAGAGAAACGGUUCCUCUGCAUGUUCUGUAAUAAAGGAUUCAGCUGCCUCCAGAAGGUGGAGAUGCACCAGAGGGUCCACACAGGGGUAAAACCCUACAGCUGUACCCAAUGUCAUAUGCGCUUCGCCCAGGCUCGUGACCUCAAGAGGCACCAGAGGGUACACACAGGGGAGAAACCCUACAGCUGCCCCCAGUGUGAAAAGAGGUUCUCCCGCCAGGACAAUCUGAAGAUACACCUGAAGGUCCACACAGGAGAGAGGCAGUUUGCUUGUACGCAAUGCGGGAAGAAGUUCACAGAGAGGAGCUACCUCAGGAUACACCAGCAGAAAAACCAUCCCAAUCUAUUAACAUAGAAAGUAAUCAUUCCACUAGAUAGCUUCUGAAGUUUAGAUCAAAACCUGCAUUAAAGGGUAGGUAGCAUAAACAUAACUGAAUGUAACAUGGAUUUGCAUUAGUAUACACAUCAAAAGUCCCAAUGCAAAGUUACCUCACUUUUCAAUUUUUCAAGUUAUUACAUAAAACCCAGAAAAAUGCCGAAGUCAUCCUGGAAGAUGUUUUCGCGGGGUGUGACGUAAGAUGGAAGCCCCAGGAAAGCCAGCCUAUUCCCCAUAAAUGUAAACUCCAACAGAAAUAACUUUAUAUUAAACAAUAUUGUUUACACUCA